AGUACACAGAGUGCUCUCAAAAAACACCAGCGCAUUCACACUGGAGAGAAACUGUAUCAGUGCUCACAGUGUGGAAAGAGUUUUAAUCAACAGGGUAAUCUCAAAAUACACCAGCGCAUUCACACUGGAAAGAAACCGUAUCAGUGCUCACAGUGUGAAAAGAGUUUUAAUACAAAGAGUGAGCUUAAAAUACACCAGCGCAUUCACACUGGAGAGAAACCGUAUCAGUGCUCACAGUGUGGAAAGAGUUUUAAUCAACAGGGUAAUCUCAAAAUACACCAGCGCAUUCACACUGGAGAGAAACCAUAUCAGUGCUCACAGUGUGGGAAUAGUUUUAUUACACAGGGUAAUCUCAAAAUACACCAGCGCAUUCACACUGGAGAGAAACCGUGUCAGUACUCACAGUGUGGAAAGAGUUUUAAUACAAAGAGUGAGCUUAAAAUACACCAGCGCAUUCACACUAGAGAAAAACCGUAUCAGUGCUCACAGUGUGGAAAGAAUUUUAAUCAACAGGGUAAUCUCAAAAUACACCAGCGCAUUCACACUGGAGAGAAACCAUAUCAGUGCUCACAGUGUGGGAAGAGUUUUAUUACACAUGGUAAUCUCAAAAUACACCAGCGCAUUCACACUGGAGAGAAACCAUAUCAGUGCUCACUGUGUGGGAAGAGUUUUAUUACAAAGAGUGAGCUUAAAAUACACCAGCGCGUUCACACUGGAGAGAAACCGUAUCAGUGUUCACAGUGUGGGAAGAGUUUUAAUGAACAGCGUAUUCUGAAAAGACACCAGCGCAUUCACACUGGAGAGAAACUGUAUCAGUGCUCACAGUGUGGAAAGAGUUUUAUUACAAAGAGUGAGCUUAAAGUACACCAGCGCGUUCACACUGGAGAGAAACCGUAUCAGUGCUCACAGUGUGGAAAGAGUUUUGUUACACAGAGUAAUCUCAAAACACACCAGCGCAUUCACACUGGAGAGAAACCGAAUCAGUGCUCACAGUGUGGAAAGAGUUUUAAUGGACAUAAUCAUCUGAAAAGACACCAGCGCGUUCACACUGGAGAGAAACCGUAUCAGUGCUCACAGUGUGGAAAGAGUUUUAUUACACAGAGUAAUCUCAAAACACACCAGCGCAUUCACACUGGAGAGAAACCGAAUCAGUGCUCACAGUGUGGAAAGAGUUUUAAUGGACAGAAUCAUCUGAAAAGACACCAGCGCAUUCACACUGGAGAGAAACUGUAUCAGUGCUCACAGUGUGGAAAGAGUUUUAUUACAAAGAGUGAGCUUAAAGUACACCAGCGCGUUCACACUGGAGAGAAACCGUAUCAGUGCUCACAGUGUGGAAAGAGUUUUAUUACACAGAGUAAUCUCAAAACACACCAGCGCAUUCACACUGGAGAGAAACCGAAUCAGUGCUCACAGUGUGGAAAGAGUUUUAAUGGACAGAAUCAUCUGAAAAGACACCAGCGCGUUCACACUGGAGAGAAACCGUAUCAGUGCUCACAGUGUGGAAAGAGUUUUAAUGAACAGAGUAAACUCAAAAGACACCAGCGCCGCAUUCACACUGGAGAGAAACCGUAUCAGUGCUCACAGUGUGGAAAGAGUUUUAAUACACAGAGUGAUCUCAAAAUACACAAGCGCAUUCACACUCGGGAGAAACCGUAUCAGUGCUCACAGUGUGGGAAUUGUUUUAAACAUCACAGUGAUCUCAAAAGACACCAGCGCAUUCACACUGGAGAGAAACCGUAUCAGUGCUCACAGUGUGGAAAGCACUUUUAUAGACAGAGUCAUCUCAAAAUACACCAGCGCAUUCACACUGGAGAGAAACCUUAUCAGUGCUCACAGUGUGGAAAGAGUUUUAAUACACAGAGUAAUCUCAAAAAACACCAGCGCAUUCACACUGGAGAGAAACUGUAUCAGUGCUCACAGUGUGGAAAGAGUUUUAAUGGACAGAGUCAUCUCAAAAUACACCAGCGCAUUCACACUGGAGAGAAACCGUAUCAGUGCUCACAGUGUGGAAAGAGUUUUAAUACACAGAGUGAUCUCAAAACACACCAGCGCAUUCACACUGGAGAGAAACCAUUUCAGUGCUCACAGUGUGAAAGGAGUUUUAAUGGACAGAGUAAUCUCAAAACACACCAGCGUAUUCACACUAGAGAGAAACCAUAUCAGUGCUCACAGUGUGGAAAGAGUUUUAAUCAACAGAGUAAUCUCCAAAAACACCAGCGCAUUCACACUGGAGUGAAGCCGUAUCAGUGCUCACAGUGUGGAAAGAGUUUUAAUGGACAGAGCGAUCUGAAAAAACACCAGCGCAUUCACACUGGAGAGAAACCGUAUCAGUGCUCACAGUGUGGAAAGAGUUUUAAUAUACAGAGUAAUCUAAAAAAACACCAGCGCAUUCACACUGGAGAGAAACCAUAUCAUUGUUUACAGUGUGGGAAGAGUUUUAAUCAACAGAGUGCUUUCAAAAUACACCAGCACAUUCAUACUGGAGAGAAACCGUAUCAGUGCUCACAGUGUGGAAAGAGUUUUAAUAUAAAGAGUAAGCUUAAAAUACACCAGCACAUUCACAGUGGGGAGAAACCGUAUCAGUGCUCACAGUGUGGAAAGAGUUUUUAUACACAGAGUAAACUUAUAAUUCACCAGCGCAUUCACACUGGAGAGAAACCGUAUCAGUGCUCACAGUGUGUGAAGAGUUUUAAUCAACAGAGUCAUCUCAAAUUACACCAGCGCAUUCACACUGGAGAGAAACCAUAUCAGUGCUCACAGUGUGGGAAGAGUUUUAUUACACAGAGUAAUCUCAAAACCCACCAGCGCAUUCACACUGGAGAGAAACCGUAUCAGUGCUCACAGUGUGGAAAGAGUUUUAAUCAACAGAGUGCUCUCAAAACACACAAGCGCAUUCAUACUGGAGAGAAACAGUAUCAGUGCUCACAGUGUGGAAAGAGUUUUAAUAUACAGAGUAGUCUCAAAAAACACCAGCACAUUCACACUGGAGAGAAACCGUAUCAGUGCUCACAGUGUGGGAAGAGCUUCAGUACCUGUGGUGCUCUCAAAAUACACCAGCGCAUUCACACUGGAGAGAAAUUGUAUCAGUGCUCACAGUGUGGAAAAAGUUUUAAUCAACAGAGUCAUCUCAAAAAACACCAGCGCAUUCACACUGGAGAGAAACCGUAUCAGUGCUCACAGUGUGGGACGAGUUUUAAUACACAGAGUAAUCUCAAAACACACCAGCGCAUUCACAGAGGAGAGAAACCGUAUCAGUGUUCACAGUGUGGAAAAAGUUUUAAUCAACAGAGUCAUCUCAAAAAACACCAGCGCAUUCACACUGGAGAGAAACCGUAUCAGUGCUCAAAGUGUGAGAAGAGUUUUAACAGACAGGACUCUUUCAAAAUACACCAGCUCAUUCACACUGGAGAGAAACUGUAUCAGUGCUCACAUUGUGGGAAGAGUUUUAUUACACAGAUUAAUUUCAAAAAUCACCAGCGCAUUCACAGUGGAGAGAAACCAUAUCGGUGCUCACAGUGUGGAAAAAGUUUUAAUCAACACAGUAAUCUCAGAAUACACCAGCGCAUUCACACUGGAGAGAAACCGUAUCAGUGCUCACAUUGUGGGAAGAGUUUUAAUCAACAGGGUAAUCUCAAAAAACACCAGCGCAUUCACACUGGGGAAAAACCGUAUCAGUGCUCACAGUGUGGGAAGAGUUUUACUACACAGAGUGCUCUCAAGAUACACCAGCGCAUUCACACUGGAGUGAUACCGUAUCAGUGCUCACAGUGUGGGAAGAGUUUUAAUACCCAGAGUGAUCUAAUAAAACACCAGCGCAUUCACACUGGAGAGAAACCGUAUCAGUGCUCACAGUGUGGGAAGAGUUUUAAUAAACAGAGUAAUCUCAAAAUACAUCAGCACAUUCACACUGGAGAGAAACCGUAUCAGUGCUCACAGUGUGGAAAGAGUUUUAUUACACAGAAUAAUCUCAAAACCCACCAGCGCAUUCACACUGGAGAGAAACCGUAUCAGUGCUCACAGUGUGGAAAGAGUUUUUUUACACAGAGUAAUCUCAAAAUCCACCAGCGCAUUCACACUGGAGAGAAACCGUAUCAGUGCUCACAGUGUGGAAAGGGUUUUAAUCAACAGAGUCAUCUCAAAACACACCAGCGCAUUCACAUUUUACAGAAAUGAUGCUCACGGUGUUGGAGCUGCUUUGCUCAUUUAUCAGCACUUAGACACAAGUGUGACUCAUCAGAUUGUACCAAACAAGCU